ACUUUCACUUUUGACUUUGCAUGGUCAUGCGUCAGGCGUGGUUUUCCUCAACAACUUAGGCUACAAAAAAGUUUCAGCUUCAAGCAAAAACCCGUUUAGUAGCUUCUUUUCGACACGCUAAAACUAUCGCUGUUUUGGAUAAACUUAGGAGUAGGCCUAUUGCAUUAAAGGAGAUAAAAGUCAUUGGCGUGCCUUUCUUGUCAGAAGUUUGUCAAAGCCAAGGUCUGUGUCCUGAGGAAACUACAAGCCAUGAGUGACAAAGAACACAAUCUGGUGCCACUGCUUACUGAACAGGCUGCCAUUCUUGAAAAGUUUGGAAGUGCCUUUUGCCAUGCUGUUAGUGUCAAAUUUAAAUGCACAGCUGUUCUCCACAAUGUGAAAGAGGCUGGCUCCCUUGGUAUUAACACAAGUGGCGCCUGGCGUCCUGAGAAGAGGUACUCCACAAAGCUGUCCAGCGGAGUUGAAGUUUCAGUCUGGAAAGAUGAUCUUACACGUCAUAAUGUGGCUGCUGUGGUUAAUGCAGCUAAUGAGAAUUUAAAUCAUGGAGGGGGUCUUGCACAAGCACUGAGUAACGCUGGGGGACCAAUAAUACAGCAAUGGAGUGAUCAAUAUAUGCAGAAAGUGAAAAGAGUGAAAACUGGUGAUGCUGUUCUUGGUCCUGCUGGAAAACUUCCAUGUAAACAUAUCAUACAUGCUGUGGGCCCCAAAUUGUCUCAAAAUCCAUCCAGGAAGGAUAUUGAUUAUGCUGCUCCUUUGUUAUUUAAUGCUAUUAAUAGUAUACUACAAAUAGUUCUAAAGGAAAACAUUGUCUCUGUUGCAAUUCCAGCUCUGAGUUCUGGCCUUUUCAAUUUUCCAAGAGAUCUGUGUGCAGACAUUAUCGUAAAGGCUAUAAAUCAGUUCCAUUUACAUAAUGCAUUUCAAGACAAAAACUUAGAUAUCCAUCUUGUCAAUAACGACGAACCCUCAGUCCAAGAAAUGGAGAGAGCCACUAGGAUGAUUUUAGGUCCGCCCAGCACUUCUGGCUCAUACAGUGGGGCUGUGAAAGUCAGAAACCAGAGCAUGACUUCCUCUUCAAGCAGUGAUUUGCAGUUUGGCAAUGUAACACUGUACCUUAAAAAGGGCUUGAUUCAGGAGGAAAGGGCUGAUGUAAUUGUGAAUACAAUUGCAUUAAACCGCGAUUUGUCUAAGGGGGAGGUUUCAAAAGCUAUUUUGAAGAAAGCUGGCAAAAUGAUUCAAGAUGAGAUUUCCAAAAUGGGAAACUCCAUAAGUUUCUCAGGUGGUGACCUCUAUAUAACAAAUGGAUAUGGACUGGGCUGUCGAUCAGUAUUUCAUAUUGCAAUGACAUAUAUGUGCAACCAGACUCUUUACAAUAGUGUCUCAGAAUGUCUGAGUAGAGCUACAAUGGGAUACAAGUCCAUCUCUCUCCCAGCUAUUGGUACUGGGAAUCUUGGCUUUAGGAAACAAGAUGUUGCCCAAAUCAUGAUGGAUGCUGUUGCAGUAUUUAGCAAACAAUGCAUGGAUAAACUGGAUGUUUACUUUGUUGUGUUUCCAAAAGACAAAGAAAUGAUGGAGGCUUUUGAAAAUGAGAUGAAAAGGAAAAAAGGAGCGGCAAAGUAUCCAGAAAUACACAAUAACAUGACAAGCUUUACUUCUCCAGCCAAAGAAACCAUAGCAAAUGAAACGCCAACUGUUGAGUUCUACAGUGUCUCCAAUGAAGCUCUGAGAGAAGCAAAAGUGUGGACAUUUAAUAUGCUAAAGCCAUCAAAAGCAAAAACCAUAAAGAAUAACCACAUCCUACAUUUUGGACAAGAAGACCACGAAUAUCUUCUCUCUCUCCAAACAAUGUUGAAUGUUCACAUUGAAGAGUUCUUCAAGAAUGGUAAUGGUGGCAUAACCAUCACUGGAAACACUUCGGAUGUCAGUUGUGCAGCAAUUGAGGUGGAGAACAUGCUCUGUAAGGCCCAGGAGGACUUCCUCCGAGCUGAAGAACGUGACAUUCUGUAUUCUGUGGUUCGCUGGAGUUGUGAAGAUGUACCUUGGAUACAAACACCUGAAAUCAGUGCAAUUUUGGAGAAAGCUUAUCUAGAAGGGAAGGAAAAACGUGUGUUCAGUAACCACAAAGUAAACUUGGAGUCCAUGACAGUGAUUGACAACACUGGGGGAAUGAGCAUUUUGAAAAGGACAUGCCUGUUGACUCGUUUUGAGUCUAUUAACAAUUCGUAUUAUGCAAGAACUCCUGUGAGCAGGGAGGAUCAUUUUGAUAAAGACAUUAAAGUCUUGGAGAGUUUUGGCCACCGUAUUGUCAAGAUGGAGAAGCUAGAGAACAUCCCACUAAAGCAGCUGUUCAAAAUGAACAUGCAAAGAGUGAAAGACAAGCCGAAGCGCCUCUACCAGCGUGUGUCAGCUCAGUUCUGUGAUCUCAUCUGCAGACUAGGCUUUCAGAAAGAGUUCGCCCCUCCUGCAGAGCAAAGGUGUGGCAGUGGAAUAUACUUCAGUACAAUGGACGAAGUCUUGAAGCUGUGGAACGAGCAAGAACAUGAGCAGUACAUCUACAUCAUUCAGGCCCAGGUCCUCACUGGGAAUUCUACAGAUGGUUCUCCAAAUUUGAUUAUGCCCCCUCCCCUAGGUAAAGACCCUUUGGAUCGUUAUGAUAGUGUGAAUCACAGGAAGCAGACUUAUGUCAUCUUUAACAGUCAACAAGCUCUUCCUGAAUACCUCUUCAUAUGUGCCAAAUAAAGCCUUGUGUAGAUGCACAGGGCAAUAUACAAUAGCAGGGCACAAAUAAUUAGGGCAAAUUUGUGGCUCUGUGGACUUCAAAACACUAAAUAUUCAUGAACUUAAAAAAAAAAAAAAAGGAAUCAAACAAUACAUACUGAACUAUA